GCUUUAUAGAGAGUGAAGGAGGGAUGCUAGGAGGGUAAUACAAUACAUUGAGAGGAGGAGUGCUGCUCUGUUACAGAAAGAAAAGCAACAUGGAGGAGGUUGGUGUUUGAUGCAGCAUUGUGCUCAGCCCUCCUGGGUGCAUGCUUUGCUCCUUCCUCCAGGACCCAUUGCAGGCAGUGAGGGCUGCGGCACAUCAGGGGAGACAGAGGAGAGGACAUGAUCAGCUCUCCGGCGGCUAUCCUCCUCUGUCUGCUGGGCUGCAACGUGUGGAAAGCGGUCACCAAGACCCUGCAGGAGCCUAAUGCAGGGGUUCAAGAGGUGACAUUGAAAGUUCAAGUUAGUGAUGUCAGUACUCAUCAACCAAUAAGCGAUGCUGUCCUAGAGGUAUUCGCCAACCAGGUGUCUGCUGCAUCUGGGAAAACCGGAACCGAUGGGACGGCUAUAAUUAAACUCCAGUACAGACUGGGCAGCCAAUUGAUUGUCACUGCAACCAAACAUGCCUACGUGCCAAAUUCCGCACCUUGGAGACCACUCAGAUUGCCAGUUUUCUCCUCGCUAAGCCUCUGUUUACUUCCUGAGCGGUCAGCCACUCUGAUGGUGUAUGAUGAUAUUGUACAGAUAGUCUCGGGAUUUCAAGGUUCACAGUUACAACCUCGAGUUCACUUUGAGAGAAGAGCGCUUGAUCUACCCGCAAAUGCCACAUACAAGGAUCUCGCUGCUUUUCUAACAGCUGCCAGUACGCCGUGGGAAGUGGAUAGCUUCCCUUAUCUGCAAGGCUCCGAUGGAAACGCCACUGGGAAUAGUACCCGGUUUGAUCUCACCCCUGUUACAGCUAUCAGCAUCCACUUACUCAACGGUGAUGGGACCAACAUACCGGUUAAUGGCCCGAUCUUCGUAACUGUACCACUGCCAACUCACAGUAACUUGAAACACAAUGCGCAUGUCCCAGCAUGGAGAUUCGACCAGAAGCAUGGAACGUGGUUGAAAAGUAGCCUUGGGAUCAUUCAGCAAGAGGGGAACCAACUGACCUGGACGUACAUCGCCCCACAGAUGGGUUAUUGGGUUGCAGCCAUGUCUCCUUCUAGUCCGGAUCCCGUGGUAACCCAAGACAUUGCUACGUAUCACACUGUGUUUCUUUUGGCAAUACUCGGUGGGAUGGCUUUCAUAUUGCUGGUUCUGCUAUGCCUACUGCUUUACUACUGCAGGCGAAAGUGCUUGAAACCACGUCAGCAUCACAGGAAACUCCAACUUACCACAGCUUUGGAUUGUUCUAAGAAGGACCAGGCCACCUCUAUGUCCCACAUCAAUCUAAUUAGCCCAGGCCACAUGGAAAUGAUGUCUUCUAGUGGUGAGGCAGAUAUACAUACUCCAAUGCUUAAACCUUCUUAUAAUACCUCACGGGAAUUUAGCUCAAGAGAGGAGCUGCUUUCUCAUCAGGAAGAAAAAAGUAGAAUGUCUUUUGAUAACCUAACUUCAGGUGGGACGUUAAGACAGGUGUACAAUAAGUCACUGGAUCAGUUCCUGUUAAAAUCAAGGAAAUCUGCAGAAAUAUCAGAUGGAUACGGUUCUCCCGGAAAAGAUGAAUAUCGAAGGAGUUACAAUUCAGUAAUCUGUCAGUCUUUAUUUGACAACAAGGAGAAAGACCAUAAAUCCUCUUCCAAUCGCAUUAUGACAGGAAGUAAACCAAGUAUUCAGGAACAAACACACCCCGUUCAAUCUGCUACUGAUACAGAGCAGAUGUUAGACCGACGGCCAACUGAAUGUAUGUCCCGAUCUGUGGAUCACCUUGAAAGGCCAACUUCUUUUCCUCGGCCAGGUCAACUCAUAUGCUACAAUUCUGUUGAUCAAGUGAAUGAUAAUGUUUACCGCAAUGUGUUGCCCACGCUGGUAAUUCCAGCUCACUACAUGAAGCUAUCUGGAGAACAUCCUUUUGUAAGCCAACAGAUGAUCAUCUCUGCUGAACAGCAAUUUGAAAUAGAAAGGAUACAAGCUGAGCUUUCUUCUCAUGCACAGCAAGCACCUCAGCAGAUGCAAAAUGCACAGUUGGGCUCUCAAGCGAUAUCACAACAACAUCUGCAGGAUGGAGACGGUAUUGAGUGGAGUGGACAAAACACUGUUCUGUCGGAGUCUGUGUCUAUCCCUGCAUCUUUAAAUGAUGCCGCCAUAGCUCAAAUGAAUGGAGAAGUGCAGCUUUUAACAGAAAAGGCUUUGAUGGAGCUUGGUGGGGGUCGGCCUAUGCCGCAUCCACGUGCCUGGUUUGUGUCUUUAGAUGGACGGUCAAAUGCACAUAUUAGACAUUCGUACAUUGAUCUUCAAAGGGCUGGGAAAAAUGGUAGUAACGAUGCAAGCUUGGAUUCAGGUGUUGACAUGAAUGAACCCAAAAUUGGCAGAAAAGGAAGAAGUGACAAGUUUUCAAUGCUGCAACGUCACCAGUCUAAGCAGCAUCCAACUGUACCAGAGCACCAGCAUAACGAGGCGACUCUUUCCAACAGUCCUACCUACACUAAACUUGUCUAUUUAGAUGACCUGAACCAAAGUGUCAGUGAAUGUGGAACAGCGGUCUGUAGCCCCGAGGAUAAUAAAACUUUCACUGAGGUACCAGGAAGGAGAAGUGGUGGACAGUUACCAAGCCUUCAAGAAGAGACUAUUAAAAGAACUGUGGAUUCUUCACCAGUGCCAUUAAACAGCCCGGAGCAUGAAUUGUCCAUGCAUGAUGAUGAUGAUGAUGAUGAUUGUGCUGAAGACCAAGGGGAAAAUAAAAAAAGUCCUUGGCAAAAACGAGAAGAAAGACCACUUCUGGCUUUUAAUAUGAAAUGACUUGAAGUAUGUUCACUGCAGAGUGGAUUGGUAAAUUGCCAAAUAUUCUUUCAUUGGAAAUGCUUACUUUUGGGGAGAUCCUGAGCUCUGCAAGUAAACAAAAACUGUUGUAAAAAGUGAAGCUGAUCUGUAUUUUGAAAAAUGUUUUUGCUCUUUUGACUGAAGACAAGGAAAAAGAAACAAAAACAGAAUGGAUUUUACGGAUAGGAAGGAAAGGAAAACAAAUGUGAUUCCAAGGUUUCAGACCUUUUUUAAUCUUUUUAAUUUUGGGAUUUUAAUGGCCAUAAUGAAUUUGAAGGCUACAGGACAAUUUUUAUUUUGCUAGGUUCUGACCACUAACCUUCCAGUACUGGGAGCCAAUGGCUCUGUGUGUUUUUAGUUUGGAUAAAAUACAAACCUCCUGUUUACUGUACAUGUUAUACAGGAUGCUGUCAUGAAGUACUCAUUCUCUAAAAACAGGCUAUGCAUUGCUGCUUUUACACAAAGUGACAUUUUGCCUAGGCAUUGCUUCGUUUUUUAUUUUAUUAUAUAGCUGUAAAAACGUUUUGUUUCUCAUAUUUCGUUCUGGUGUGGUUUUUUUUUUUGUUUGUUUUUUUUUUUU